AUGGAUGUUCUGAGCCCAUGCUCGACUCCCAGGAGAUCGAAGAAAUCCGGGAGAGACAGCAACAACAACAAGAACCCGUACGCUAAUCGCGGCCUCGACAAGUUUUCUGCUCUCCUGGCUGAUCUCGAAGGCAAGAAACAGAAAAUCUACACGCAGGUUGGGGCCGAGGAUAUCUCCAUCGUCCGCUUCGUCUUUCCGGCCAACUCCGACGACGUUAAGCCGAUCGUCGUCAAGUUUAAGGGGAAGAAAGAAAGCGCGGGGAGAGAUGAAAAUCAUGCCGCGAAAACUGGGGGCUCGCCGGAGAAGGUGGAAGUUGAGAAGCGUGUAAUGCAGUCAUCGUCGAAUGAUCAGAAAGAGGAGAAGAAGCUUUCUAAGAGCGUUUCUUGGAAAGUGGAUAUGAAGUGGGAGGAUUUGAAGAAGCCCAGAUUUUACAUGCCAUUGACGAUAGUAUUGAUUCUUGUUUUCUUGGCUAUUUAUGGAAGGACGUUUGCGAUUUUGUGCACCUCUAUUGGGUGGUACGUAAUCCCGACCAUUAAAGGUAAAAACUCGAGUUCGAGUUCGAGUUUCAAUUCCAGAAAUAAGCCACAAAGAAAGAAGGAAUAUACAAGAAGAUUCAGUGAGAAAAAUAUUAGUACCCCAAAGAGAGAUGGUUCAACUUCUCCAAAGAGUGUGUUAACUGGACAUCAUGCUCAUAGGAAAAGCUUUUGA